UUUUCUGGCUACACUGGUUGAAAAAUUUGCGUGAUAACAAAACAACAUUAAUCCAAUUCAAUUUGUCACAAGAAAGAUCAGGUUAUAGUUUGAAUGUCUCUCUCGGAAAAGGAUCUGUAUCGAGAUACACCGGUUCGUUAUCUCGGAUAUGCAAAUGAGGUAGGCGAAGCGUUCCGGCCGCUUAUCAAGAAGAUAUUUGUUCAUGCUAGUUACGGUGUAUCGAUUAGCUACGUACUAGCAGAUACGGCAGAUAAAUCCAUAAAACAAUAUGAGAAACCAGUAGCACUUGGUGGUGGACCUCGUGGAGCAGCGAUUGCUACCGGUGAUACGUUGAUUUGGCAAAUGUUUGCUUCAGUCAUUAUUCCUGGCUAUACCAUAAAUCGAAUAUGUUGGGUGUCGAAAAAGGCUCUCGAGAAGGGUAAGGUGAAAGGUCCCCUGCGGAAGUGGGUACCGACCGCGAUAGGUCUGUUGGCAAUUCCAUUUAUCAUUCAUCCCAUCGAUCGUGGAGUGGAUUUUGUGAUGGACGAAACGUAUCGGAAGUUUGUCAAAUAGUGCUAUUUUCAAUCAUUCAGAAUUUUGUUUUCCGAUUAAUAAUUUGCAUUGUAUAAUAUUCAUGGACGCGUAUGGAACUUUAAAAUGUUGUAGCAUGUAGAAGCGAAAUUAGUUGCCAAUUGAUAAUAGCACAAUACAUGCUGUGAUAUAAACAAAUACUACUAAGGAUACGUUCAAUUUUGGUGCUCAGUAUGAACAAAUGCAAUAAAUUGUUACUGCUAUGUUA